AUGCUGCAGCUUCUAGUGCUAUCCUUCUUUGGAGGAGCCUGUGCGUACUAUCCCAGAAGCCUCAACUUGAACUUCCUGUGUACUCCGCUCGACACGACCAUGUACGUUAGAGAUAUUCCCUGGGACUGCUCCAGUUACGUCAUCUGCCUCAGUGGUCAGGCCUUACCGGCAACUUGCCCCCUGGGAAAGCUUUACAUGUCAGCAGAAAUCAACAGUAAAUGCGGCUUUACUACGGAAGUCAACUCCACUCGUUGUGAGGGUACCAUCUGGAAAUUUACAGCUGGGGAACGCAAAAAAGAAGAUAUUGAUUUGAACCCACGACCUUUAGACGAGCGUCUAGCCGCUACCCUACAGCAACUUCCAAAGUUAAUCAUUAACCGUUUCUGUAAUUGUGCUGUUGCUACUCCUGCUCCACAGACUACAUCCAGGAGAUCUGUCGACACAAUCCCUAAAGCAACACUGCCCCACUCUGGGGAGUGCGCCCACUACUUUGACUGCUCGGUGAUUAAUGGUGCCAGCGAGUACAUGGAAUACCUACUGGAGUGUCCCUACCCGUCGCUCUUCUCCACACACACUGGCACCUGUAAGGACUACAGACUUGUCUCCUGUGGGGAGAGAUCCGAACCUCGGACACCGUGUGAGUACCAUCAUUAUCUGCAGAAGUACAACUGUUCGGACCCGGGUUGUGCAGCUUGUGAUUACCAUCACCCCAGCUGUGUGGGACUAGCCAACGGGAACCACCCUGUUCCUAACAUGGAUGAUGUCCUGAUCGCCUGCUAUGAGCAACGAACGAUGAGUAUUAUACCAGUCCCACCAAAGAAAGCAA